AUGGCCGGUGUAAAUGGAGACAACGAGGUUCCUCAAGAGACGACCACACCUACAACCCAAAGGGACCUUCAAGAUGCUGCUACCUGGAAGAAGCAACGCAGUGCCGUACGUCAGCAGAUCACCAAGACAAUGCGGUACCUAGGCAACCUAGUUACUGACAGAGUUUCCAGAGGAUCCAUUUCCAGUUUAAUGAAGCACCUUGAGACUCUAUUGGCCGCAGCCACUAAAAUCCAUACCAAUCUGUCGACAGUCGAAGAUCAGGCAGAAAAUGAUCGUCAAGACGAGUUUCAUCUAAAGUACGUUGAGCUUGCUGGAGACGCGUUGGAGAGAGGUCAACAAUAUUUGAAUUCAAGAGUAGGUGAACCUCCCUCUGUGACUGCAGGCAAUCGGGCACCAUCUAUUCCAGCAUCCGAGCAAAAUCGUCAAGAGGAGGAACGCAAGUUAGCCCAACAAAGAGCAGAUGCAGCCGCUCUACAAGCAGACGCAGCCCGUCGUCAAGCCAACGAAGCGUCCAACCGAGCAGAUCAGGCCCGACGUGAAGCCACUGCGGCACAGCAAGCAUUGCAAGAACUAGAUGUUGAUGACGAUCGUGCUAGUGCAGUUACGCACGUUUCUCAGCGACUUUCUCAACUUGGUCAAGAUUGGAGACAGAACCAACGCCGGCUUAAUUCUUCGACUUCACCAGCAGCUCCUGACGAGUGGAUCGACCGUUAUGCCACCGGCCAGCUGAAGCCAAACGUUACGGCGAGUUCCCGUUCUUCAGUCAAGACAGAGUUAGAAAUUUAUUCCGGAAAGUCCCUCGACUGGUUUGAAUGGAUAGAUUUGUACAGAGCUCUUGUGCACGAUUCCGGAAAAUCCGCUGGAGAAAAAUUGACCAUUCUCAAACGUCAUCUGAAAGGCGAUUGCCUCGACCUGGUUCAAGGUCUCGGAGGUGGCGAGUCAGCCUACAUCGAAGCCUUAGUCCGUCUCAAACAGAGCUCUGGCAGACGGGAUGUUAUGCGAGCUGCUACUCUACAGGCCAUCGAGAAAGUGGAACUGAGAAAUGACCCGGCCAUUUUCAAACGUUUUGCCGAGCGGGUUAGGACUCAUCUAUUCGAUCUCAGCCGUAUCGGAGAAUCCAACGCCCCAGAUUUGAUCGAGAGGAUUAGCAUGAGACUCCAGCCACCAGAUCGUUUUGAGUGGAACCGUGGACGACGAGGAGGAUUGGAAACAAGAAGUCUCAACGCCUUUGGCUCCUGGCUGUGUGAGAGAGCGGCAGAGUACCAAAAUGCAUACAGCAUUGCAUCCGAGCAGGCUUCUUCUUCCGUACUCAAACCACGUCGGUCUCAUGCUCGCAGCCACCCUGCUUCAUCCACAAAGGCAACUGACAACCACUCAGCACCUAAGGUCACCUUCCGGCCAUUCUGUUUCAAAUGUGAAGGCGACCACAAAUUGGAAAAUUGUAGCCGGUUCAAAGCUUUAGUCGUUGCAGACCGAGUUUCUUUCUGCGCCAAGCACAGGUUAUGUUUCGGAUGUCUGGGAGCGAAGCACUCCGUCCGGAAUUGUUUUACGAAGAAGCCAUGCAAGAUCGCUGGUUGCAGCCUGCACCAUCAUGAAUUGGUUCAUGACCCCGAUAGACCAGCCACUGUAUUCACGCCGCAUGCAACGAGGACCGAAAUGACAAGAACAGCGACGGCCCACCUCCGGAAGCAGAGUCCACAACAAGUCGCCAUGGGGAUGAUGCGGUUGAGAGUUUCCAGUGCCGAUAACGGAUCGGUAUGGGCGAACGUCUUAAUCGACGAAGGGAGCGAUUCGACACUUAUGCGGCAAAGUUUCGCCAGUGCGAACAAGAUUUCCGGUGUUCAUCAGAUUCUGACCGUGGAAGGCGCGGGCGGUGUAGUAAAGCACUACCGUUCUCAACGUGUUAAUUUCCAGAUAGACACGGUUUAUGGCAAGAAGUUGGAUCUCUCGUGUUCUACCCUGCCCACUACCGUCGCGAGUACUACCCCGGUUACAGAUUGGGGAAAUUUGAAGAAACGUUGGUCGCAUCUGGCCGACCUUCCUGUUGGGGAAACGGGCGGCAGAGUGGACAUCCUGAUCAGCACCGAUUACUCGCACCUCAUCGUAGCUUUGGAAUCCAGAGUCGGAGAUGACUACGAACCGACCACCAUCAGAAGCAGGCUAGGUUGGAUCAUCCGUGGUAUCGUCAGCGAUGGUGCUUCCGUCACAGCCGCCCAGACUCAUACCGUCAAUAGUUCGACGCAGUUGGAUGAGAUCGCGGCAGAACUACGCCGUUUCUGCGACACUGAAAAUUUUGGAACGGAGUCGAAGACGAAGGGAAUGUCAGACGACGAUCGACAAGCCAUCGCAAUUUUAAAAGCUGGAACAAAGAAGCUGGACGUAGGCUACGAGGUUCCCAUCACCUGGAAGACGGGGGAGCCAGCUUUAGUUUGCAACAAGCAGAUGACUCAACAACGAUUCGGUGGUCUACUUCGGCGUUUCAGCAGAGAGCCAGCGUUCGAGAAGGAUUACCGUGCUGCCGUUCGGAAAACUAUCGACAAAGGAUACGCCUCUGUGUUAUCUGAAGAGGAAGCGGAGUCCGCAAAAUACUUUCUCGCGCAUCACGGCUUUUACAAAGGCCCUAAGUUACGUGUCGUCUUUGAUGCCGCAGCCCCCUUCCAGGGAAAGUGUUUGAAUGACGCCAUACUCAGUGGUUCCGCUCUCCAGCCUCCUCUUCCAUCCGUUUUAAUCCAGUUCCGUGAGGGAGCCAAAGCCUGGGCUUCAGAUGUGGAAGUGAUGUUUAGCCGUUUUAGGCUUAAUCUCUCCGACGCAAACUAUUUUUGCUUUUUGUGGCAAGAGUCCCCACCGAAGACUGUCGUUUGCCGGUUGGAUCGGUUGCCGUUUGGCGCUACUUGUUCUCCCUUCAUCGCCAUACAAACCACCCGCCGUGCAGUUUCUGAUGCCGGAGUAGGAGAAAAGGCGGUCGAAGCAGUCCAAAGAAGAAUGUAUGUAGACGAUUAUUUGGGAUCCGCAAAGAGUGCCGACGAAGGCGUAGCAGAAGCGUCCACCGUAAGAAAAGCUCUGGCCGGAGCCGACCUUCACUUUCAAGAUUGGAUCUCCAAUUCAGCAGAAUUCGUAGCAGCCAUGCAGGAAGAAAAGAAGCCAAUUCCGCAAAUCUCCAGUCUUUCCGCGGACAGCGAAAGUACGAAGGUGCUCGGUGCGGUGUUGAACACCACCUCAGACGCUCUAGGCUUCCAGAUAAAUCGCCCGACGGAGGAAGAAUACACACGGCUCAGUUUGACUAGCCACGUCGCCGAAAUAUUCGAUCCGCUAGGGUUAGCGGCUCCUAUCAUCAUAAAGGCAAAGGUCCGCCUUCGCGAUUUGGUCGUCAAAGGGCUAAAAUGGUCCGACCCUGUAGAAGGAGCUGAUCGAGCGUGGUGGGAGUCAUGGUUCCAGAUCGUCCAAGAAUUGGCCCAUGUGUCCAUCGAACGCUGUUUAUUUCCAGAAGAGGACGAUAUCGUCGAGUCUCAGCUACACACGUUUGGAGAUGCCUCAGAGGAGGCCUACGCUACGGUGGUGUACGUCCGCAACCAGUACCGCUGCGGUAAAAUCAUUAUCAGAAUUGUGAAGGCAAGCAGUAAGUUGGCCCCAAAGAAGAGUCUGUCGGUGCCAAAAUUGGAGCUAAACACCGCCCUAUUGUCCGCCCGUGUUGCUGCCACCGUCCAGAACUGUCUCACCCAUUCCAUCGACCGCAGAUAUUUCUGGACGGACUCCAGUACUGUCCGUAAUUGGAUAAGAGCAACCGCCUCGUUUUACCAAAUCUUCGUCGCCAACCGAGUCGGAGAGAUCCAGACGUUAACAGAGAGCGACGAAUGGCGUUUUAUUCCCGGCAAACUCAACCCCGCUGACGCUGCGACCCGUUCCGCCAUCGGAGAAGAGGUAUGGCCAAAGAUCUGGCAAGAUGGCCCGGAAUUUCUACUACAACCUGAAUCAACCUGGCCCACAGAUCUGCCGUGGAUGGCCACGACGGCCGAAAUCAAAGCCAUCAAAUUGUAUUCCGUCCAGUCCAAUCCGGAUCCGUUUGGUUGGUCAGCAGUCGGUUUGGACUGUUCUAACCUUUCAUCUUUCUUAAAAUUAGAAGGGGAAACGAAGAACCUCCUCAAACGAUGUCAAUCAGAAGCUUUUCUGGAAGACAUCACCAGACUUAAACGAGGAAAGCCACUUCGUUCCUCUUCCCAUUUACUGGUUUUAAGCCCGACGCUAGACGAAGAUGGAAUCUUACGUCUCGGCGGCAAGAUUGAUAGAGCGAAGCUGCCGUACGAUGCCCGUCACCCUCCGUUACUGCCCAGCAAGCACCCGCUCACGGAGAAAAUAGUCGAAGUCGUGCACGGUCAGAUGCAUCACGCCAGAACCGACUAUUUAUUCGCCAAAUUGUGUCAACAUUUUUUGAUCAUUCGCGGGCGAGAGCUGGUCAAGAAGGUGCGUCGAAUGUGCCCAACGUGCAUCAAGGAGAGGGCGGUUCCAGCCGCUCAACUGAUGGGCAAUUUACCAGCCGUGCGACUUGAUUCCUAUUCUCCGCCUUUCUUCCACACUGCAGUUGACUAUUUCGGUCCUAUAGAGACAAGUCCCGGCCGGAACAGAGUGACAAAGCGGUACGGUGCCCUCUUCACUUGUCUGAUUUUCUGCUGGUCUUUCGUCGAUUCAUCGGCCUUUUUGGCAAACCUGCCACCGUCCACUCCGAUAAUGGGACGAAUUUCGUCGGAGCGAGAGCGGAACGAUCUUGUUGAUCAACUCGAAAAGGACCCGAGGCUGUCGCAGUUCCGAAAAGAAAAGGUGAUUGAUUGGUACUUCCAGCCUCCACGAGCACCACACUUCGGCGGAGCUCACGAAAGUUUGGUCCGUUCUACAAAACGUGCCCUGUACCAAGCCUUAGAUCUGGAGAAGAAAGCUUUACGCUACCCCACGGACGAGAUGCUUCGGACUCUAUUUGCCGAAAAAGCCGGAUUCCUCAAUUCUCGCCCUCUGACCUACGCUAGUUCGGAUCCGGAGGACUUUCGGCCCUUAACGCCGAAUGACUUUUUGAAUCGCCCACCUACUUUCGAUCUGCUGCCCGGCAAAUUCAGUGACGCCUUGCCCCGAGAACGGUUCCGUUACGUUCAGAAGAUGGCCCAGUUAUUCUGGGAUUUAUGGACUAAAUUGUAUCUUCCGACACUAGUCCCGCGAAAGAAAUGGCAAUCGGCUCAAGAGAACCUUACCGUCGGUGACGUCGUCCUCCUGCUGGAUCCUAACCAACCGCGCGGUCUCUAG